AUGCCUUACCACAGAGACAAAGUGAGCAAAGAGUUGGUGACGGCGACAUUCAGAAGGUGGGACGGGCGUGGUUUAAGAGAGUGUAAUGGAAGAGCGGGAGUCCGGCAACCGGCGGGAUGCACGUCCGGUGGGGCAAAGCAAGAUAAGAUGAACCCCUGGGCUUCGACGAUUGUCAAGUCGGGCAGUGUUUUCAAAUUAGAAGCAGGAAGGAAGAAGACAGUCCUAACCAAAUUGGAUUGCGUCACGGUACAUAACGAGUACAUGAUUGACUUUACAGGUAUUUCGCUUAUCACUGCAUUGAGCAUUCUCAUUCUAAAUGAGCAUAUUGAUAAUGACGCAAUCGUCAACCAUGUAAUGGCCAAGCCGACUGGAGUUCGAGAUGGCAUACUAUCCAUUCUUGAAGACCUCUAUCGUCCAGUCAAUGCUUGCAAUCCUCAGUCUACUCCCAUGGAUUAUGUCGAUGAAGCAAAAACUCGACAUAAAAUCAUCUCCUAUACUGGCACACUGACUCGUGACGAUACGAGGCAAAAAGCUGCGUCGAGGGGGAAUCGAACCCCCGGCUCCCCGACGCUGCUCGAUGGCAACGGAGAAUUUUACCACUAA